UGAGUGAGAGUAGUAAUAAAAAGACAAAGGAGAUAGCGGCGAGUUCCUCCGACACAGACACUGUUUUUCUUUGACGCUAAUUCCCAAAACGACACCGUAUUCUGCGUCACACUUCUUCUCUCUUUAUAUACGUUUCCUCUUCCACUCUCACUUCAGAUAAUUCUUCAAUCUUCAAUCGCCAUGGCCCUUCUCUCCGCCGUCUUCGCCGCGCUCUUUCUCGCCGCCGCCUCCUCCGCCAGGGACCUCCGCCCCUCCGACCACGGCCUCACCUUCCAGACGUUCUCGCCGGCGGGGCCGCGGUCCUCGCCGGAGAUGCGCUCCUUCUUCAACAGCGCCAACUCCUCGCCGUCCAUGUCCUCCUCCUCGGACGUGGCGCUGCCGCGCGCCAUGGACUCCGGCGACGCCUCGCCGCCCGCGUGGUGGCGCCCCGCCGCAGGCCACGACGGCAUCGGGAAGGCGCUGACGGUGGCGAGCGUGGUGUGCGGCGCGGGCGGCGCGGCUCUCCUGGUGGCCUCGGCGUUCAUAUACCUGUUGAAGCACCGAAACCGAAAGCUGAAGCUAAACGCAGCGUUUUGCGGCGAGAAAGGAAAUCGAGGCGAAAACGAUGACGAGGAUAACAACAAGCUGCAAUUGGUGGUACGCGAUCCUUGAGGCAUGAGUUAUGAGUUAUGAGUAUUGUAGUUCGGUUUUACAUUGCUUCUCACUUUCUCUAUGAUAUUCCACGUUGCAUGUAAAUUAGGCUAUAGUACUAGUAGAUAUAUAUAUAUAUAUUUCUUUAUUUAUUUUACUUUUCAUCUUCUUCUGCUUCUUUUCAUCAACAUGUUGGUGAGUAUAUCCUUUAAGAAAAAAGACUGAAUGAAUGAUCCAGUUUUAUGUUGGUGCAUUCUUGAAAGAAGAAGGAACAUGGGUUGUGUAAUGUGUAAUAUAACUAGUGCAAAUGUGAGGCUCGUGUCCCCAUCACCUGCAUUUAUAAUAAAC